UCGAAUUCAUGAUUAUACGCGUUGACUUUCACUGUAAUUAAUUUGAAUGCAAAGGUCGUUGCUACAGUAAGCUCUGUGCGCCUUUUGUGCUUUUCAUCGCACCCAAAUCUUCUGUAUGAUACUUUUUAUUUAGUUAAAAUACAUCAUCAAUUCGUUUUUGAAAUUUGUCGUUAUCGCCGUCGUUGUACGUGUUAGAUGUACAUAUCUCAGCGACAGCGGGCUAUAUUUACGUGCUGCUGACUCGAGCAUACGUCGAAUCUAAAAGUCACGUGUAAGUGACAAUACCACGGACGACGUUGAACAAGCCGAUUUUCGUAGUAUCCUCGCUUUUGUUUCUUUUUCAUUUUUCGUCCAUCGGAAAAAUGACGUUUGGAGACCGGAGGAAGAGUAUCGAUCGAAUUCACUUAAAUAGUAGACUUGAGGGAGAUCACUCCGACGAUGAAGCCCUUUUGAACGACAUUCAGCCACUGUCGUUACCGGAGAGUGAAGCUAAUUCUCAAAACGACGAGCCUCAGACGUUGGAUCCGGCACCGACUUCAGAGGGAGACGGCCAGCACCAAGGAGCCGGUCCAUCGCGACGAAGAAGUUCAAUCGACGAGGCCGACAACGUAUCGACUCUCACGCUGCGUAGAGGCUCCAAUCCCGAGAAUCUACUACCAACUGCCGGACGAUCCCAACCAGGAGAUGAGCCAGAAAGACGAGAGGAAGCGCCGCAGCCGAUUGACCGCCAACCGAGACAUCCGCAAGUUCGGUUUGACCCCCAGCAAGAUCAAGUAAAAAUAAUAAUGGACACACCACCACCACAACCGCAAAGUAGUGAGAGUCCACAACAAAGGAAGUCGGAGCCAGACGCCGAGAAACUCGGCACUGUGAUGAUUCUAGGCCUGGCAUGCGCCGCCAUACUUUUUCUUAUGGUUGUUGGUAUAAUUUAUUGUGUACGAGAUCCUGGCCGAACGUGACUACGACCUUUCACGAGAUUUUACGACGACGACUGUAUGGCCGUGGCAAUAGAAAUACAUUUUUUCUU